AUGGUGCGCGACCAGUACGAUGAAGAGUUUGGUCCAAAAAAAAUGACUAAAAAGACGAUUCAGGCAUCGUGCCGCAAAAACAAACUCUAUCUCACCCCACACCUGAACGAUGUCCUAUAUUUGCACUAUUCAGGAUAUAACGCCAUCGAAGGAUUGGAGGAGUACGUUGGAUUAAAAUGUUUGUGGCUGGAAUGUAAUGCCAUUUCGGGGAUUUCCGGUCUGGACCAUCAGGCCCAAUUGCGUUGUCUGUAUCUGCACAACAACCUUAUCAAGAAAAUCGAAAACUUGGAGCAUUGCAAACAACUGGACACACUCAACCUUUCCCAUAAUCACAUCGCAAAGAUAGAAAACUGUGGAAGUGACAUCUUACCGGUACUGAACACGCUUAAUAUCUCACACAACUAUCUUAAAUCGAUCGAAAGCAUUGCGGAGCUACGUAAUUGUGAUUUCGUGUCUGUUUUGGACAUUUCACACAACCGUAUAGAAGACAUUGCGAUCGUGAAGGUCCUUGGAGAUAUGAAGGGAUUAAGAGUGCUUACGAUGGUAGGAAAUCCAGUGGUAAACGAUAUUCCCUCCUAUCGAAAAACCCUUAUUUUGGAAUGUAAAUCUCUGACAUAUUUGGACUCCAGACCAGUGUUUGAUAAGGAUCGUGCGUGUGCAGAAGCUUGGAAACGCGGUGGAUAUGAAGAAGAGCGUAAGGAACAUUUGCGUUGGAAGAAGGAAGAACAACGCAAAAUGCGUCGAAGCAUCAACGCAACACUUCGUUUACGUCAUCGAGGAGAAGGAGAACCAGAAUUGCUCAAAACAAGCAGCGAUGAAGAAGAAGAACGCGAAAAAGGUGGUUCUCAUCCAGUAAGAGAUGAACUUCAAGAGGUGGAGUACCAAUCGAAUGAUGUUGCUUGGAAGGAAAUGGAGGACCUGUUUAACCAGCACACGAGGGCUCUUAAGCCAUCCGGGCCAGAUUACUUCUCUGAUCAAUCCACACAAAUGUGUCAAGCCUUUGAAAGUACUUCUGGAAGAGCAAAUAUUGACCAACAUAAGCAGGACACCGAACAAAAACCACUCAUUGAAGAGAUAACUGCAGAAGAGUAUACAGGUAUAACUGGAACGAAGAAUGACACUGAAGAACAAGGAAGUGAAAUGAAAGAGCACUCUGAAGUUUUGGAAACAGUAACAGAUAUAAAUGAAGAAAACGUUGCGGUCCUUCCAAGGGAUGGUGUGAAAGAGUCAACAAGUGUUGAUUCUGGAAUAGAGCCAGAUAAAAGUCACUCUGAAGAAGGUACAAAGAUCACCAACAAAAAAGAAGCUCGAAUUGCAUCAGCUGAGCAGGAUGAUACGCUGAACGUUAUCAUUCAAUCCAAGGAAAUAUCUAUAACGAUGCAACCGUCUUGUUCAACCGUUCCCCAGGAAGUUACCUUGCAGGGUGUUGAGCGUAAGCCUUCGACUACUUCUAUAGACUUGAUAGCAGCUCCCGAUACUGCUCGCCAUGACAGUAAGAAGCAAGAAGAACGUAAGGCUUCUACAGCCUCGGUGGAUUACAUCACUGGAUCCGAUACCAAUUCCGAUCCGACACUCGUAACGGACUGUGACAGUUGCGUACGUAACAGCCAUGAUAGUAGCCGAGGUUGUUCAUCGGACACCUCCGACAGUGAGGAUAUGUUCGACAAGAUCGUACCGAAGAAACAUCGAAAGCUAGCGUGUGCCAUCCGGUCGGAGAUAUCCCUCAGCAGCAGUGACAGUAGCAGUGAGCUCGAUGAACCAGGUGAUAGCAUGCUGGACAGUAAGCUCGAUCGUCAGAACACGAUCACGGAAUUUAUCGAUGAGUACAAACGAUUCUUUCACUCGGUAGACUUACGCGAUCCGAAGUGUGUGCUGAAGAAUCGUCACAAAAUUGUGCGCCCUCAGACCGCAAAGUCACAGCGCACGGAGCCUAUCGUGUAUGAGGGUGUGCUGAAGACGAUGGUGCAGAACUCCAACCAGACAAAGAUUGAGCAGGUACGUCAAGAGCGUGAAGCGGAUGAUCGAAGUCUGGCGAAGGAAGCAGUUCUGGAACGUUUAAUGAAAGGCCAUGAUGCGGUGGAUAUGAACCUCGAACAUCAGAUGAUAUCGAUCGGUGGCAAGGCACACGAUUUCAAAGAGUAUCGUCUCGAGGUGUUCCGACAGGAUCAAGAAAAGCUGCAAAACCUUAUCGAUCGCGUAACUGCGCAGAAGGAUAAGUAUAACGCGCACAUCGAUAGCAUUCAUGAUCAGCUCGCAAACAUCAUGGACGAUUAUGGACAGAUCAGUGUAAAGCUCCGAAAGGUUAACGAUAUGAUACAGAACAUUGGUGAGGAGGUAGGACAGGAAGAGCGAGGAGAGACUUCUAAUGCAGAAAAGCCUCCACCAUCUACGAACAUUGCUGAGCAAAUUGUUGAGAACAUGGUAAAAAAACAAACACCGGACGUAGUUCAAUCGAACAUUGAAACUUCUGAUGACGUUUUGAACGAAAUUGAGGAACAAAUAUCCUCCGAUGAAUUUGAUUUGUUUGACACGAAGGAACAUGCAGCAGCUCGAAUUGAAGUUGGUUUAAUGGAUCCGACAAAUCCGAACGCCCGCAAACCCAUUCCGCAAGAGUUCGGUUCUGAUCCGGUGUAUCGCAAGUUUAUAGACAUUCAGUACGAAAUUGACAAGCUAACGGAAGAUCAGAUAUUCGACGCACUCAACGAAGCUGCCCGUGAGCUGCAGGAGGAAGAGGAAAACGAGGCGAAGCUGCUUCACGAUGCUGUCGACGAGUACUGGAACCCAACUACCGAUCUCGACGAUUUCCGGCGCAACCUUAAUCUGGAUGCACAUCCGAUCAUACAGCGCUUCAAGCGCUUCAUCGAAUGUCAUGGUACCGACACAGACGAUACCGAUUCGGAGGCACACGUCCGAAGGCUCGAGACCGCUUACCACAAAUAUGAACGACGCCUUUCGAACCAUCUGUUCGAUGAGUAUCUGAUUUUGAGUCGUAAGGCAAGCAUUGCCACUACGACGGGUGGUGAAUCAAGUGCAACGGAGUUGGAGUUGAUCGAAAUUGAAGGUGGACAUGUAUUGCGAGCGUCCACCAGCAGGCGUACGACGGCUUGGGAUUUGAAGGAAUCGAUGGAGGAACCGGUGCCGGAGGUUGAGGAGGAAGCGCACGAUGAGAUUGUUGAUAAAGGUUGUUUGGAACAGAAGCAGGAAGAGUUGGAAGAUGAAGAAUCUAAACCUGAAGAGGACGUACUUUGUUCGAUGAAUGUUGUGGCUAAAGAUAUUCCUGAGAUCAAUGAUAAGGACUGUGAAUCGAAACUGGAAGAGCUAGUCCACGAAACACCAGAGAAGAAGAAUGCAGAAUUUAGUAUGAAUGCGAACAUAGUCGUGAUCUCUAAGACCUCGCAUAAAGAUAAUGAGGAACCCAAAUCGGAAGACCCCAAAGAGACAGUUUCGAAACCAGAAGAGAUCAUGAAGCAUCCAUCUGAAGAUGUUGUGGAGCAUCAGUAG